CCAAUUAAAUUCACAAUGUCCUCAUUUACUCUCAUUAUUCUUUCCAGUUUCUUUGGCUUUAUCGUCGCACCACAGUUCAAUCCGUAUCUCGACUUGAUCUGUGUGGACUGCAAGGAGAACUGUGGCGUACGCUCCACUGGCUCCAGUUGCCUUUCACUCGAUCGUUCAAGGACUUAUGCGGCAAACAUGACGCGCGUAACCAUGGACCAUUAUCACCAUCUACAAAAGUGCAUACCAAGGGACGAAAUUUUAAUUGAACCGAAACCCGACUUCUGCUGCGCCUGGUCACCGCAACUUGGCUGCCAAAUGAUCAAACGGCAGAGUGGCACACAGCGAACCUGCGACUCCUGCAAGUUGCUGACUCAAGAUAGUCCAGAGAUCGAGCUGUGUCCAUGCAAGGCAGCGCAUAUAAAACGAGGCACAGGUUUGCUCAUCAUCGCCAUUACAGUGCUGCUGCUGUGGCUGUGGUUCGAGUGGAGAUAG